CUCGAAUGAAACACUAUUUUCAUGUUGAGCCAAAAACCCACAGUACAUAGCGGAAACCAGAGUACUCUUACAACGGCCCAGCAGCACCAACCACAGAUAGACCUAGAGAUUCCAUUUAAACCAAUAAACUUCUCCCAAAACCCACAAAGAUUUUGGUCAGAAAAGAGAAGGAGAAAAGCCCAGAAAAUCCAGAGAAAGAGAAAUUCAAGCAAGAACGAAAGAGAAGACCAUAUCAAAAAAAAAAAAAAAAAGAAUGAAGCAAGAAACAGUGGUGGAUGCUGAUGUUGAAGAGAACUUCGGUUCCUGUCUGACCAGUUUGUUGGACGAUGGCAAGAUUGAGAGCCACAGAUACUAUCUGGCGCGACGAACGAUGCUGGAAAUGCUCAAAGACCGUGGAUUCGCGGUGCCCAGUUGUGAGAUUGAGGUUUCCCUUCAAGAAUUCCGAAGCAAGUACGGGGAGAUGCCUGAUGCUGAUGACUUGAGGAUUUCCGCUCUUCAUAAGGAUGAUCCUUCUAUUAAGGUUCUAGUUAUUUUCUGUGCUCCGAGCAUAGUUAAAGUAAAUGUCAUCCGUGCCAUUGCAACUCAGAUAGUUAACAAAGACAGCUUAAGUCGGCUGAUAUUGGUAGUGCAGAAUAAAAUAACUAACCAGGCCUUAAAAGCUGUGGAUCUUUUCUCAUUCAAAGUCGAAAUUUUCCAGAUCACCGACUUGCUUGUCAACAUAACCAGGCAUGAACUGAAGCCAAAACAUCAAGUGCUUACCGAUGAAGAGAAAGAAGAUCUACUAAAGAAGUACAGCAUAACUGAAAAGCAGCUUCCACGAAUGUCAGAGAAAGAUGCAAUAGCUUGUUACUAUGGGCUGGAAAAAGGGCAGGUCGUGAAGGUCACAUACAGCGGUGAACUGACACAGUUACAUGUAACUUAUCGAUGUGUUUGGUGAUGUUUUAUGGUUAUCUGGCUAGAAACUCAUUGUUCCAGAUGUUAGGGCCUUCUGCUGCCUUGUAUUUGUUCUGUGCAGGCAAUGUUUUCUACAAAUUUGGCCGACACUGCUGCUAUAAAACUUGGGGAGUCCCUAAUCUUUUCCAUCUUUCAGUUUUAAUGCUUUAUUUAGAGUUGUGAAA